AUGACAAGCUUACCUCCAUCUGAUAAUCAAAUGACCGAUACUAAGAACAAAUUUACUGGAUCUGGUUCCAGAACUCCGACCCCUCAACAACAACAGCAAUCACUCGGCUUCAACAAGAGGACUAACGGCAAACGAGUACAAAACAAUCGUAACAAAUUCAGAAAGUAUGACCACAGAAACGAUAAUGAAUUAACUCCAUUGGAAUCACAAUUGACCCAAGGUCGAAAAGUGAAUGGAAAUAGCCGCAAGAAUCAAAUCUCCAUCAAUCAUUUGUUAGAUUUUCAAUCGUACCGUGAUACCGAAGAAUAUGCUAUGAAUCAUCAACGGGAUCGUGCCAGGCGGAGGUCCAGCGGCAACAAGAAAAAUCAUCCCAUUAAGGUACAAUUAUCAGGUAUGAAGUACAUUAAUGUCAAUUUUAAAUUUGUGGUUGAUUCAAGGCUGGAUUACAAAGUUCAACAGUUGGAUCCAAAUGUUCCAGUUGAUGUGGCCAACAUCAUAUCAAUCAUUGCUCCAAAAGCUAGCUGCCCAAUUUGUCUAACUGAUGAUAUAGUUGCCCCUCGUAUGAUAGUCUCGUGUGGUCAUAUUCUUUGUUUGAAAUGUGUCUUGUCCUUGUUGGAGCAAGAAGUUCCGAAGGCUAAGAAACGAGAAUCUGCAGCAAUUGUGGAAAAAUAUCGCGAAUGCCCCUUGUGUUUUUCCGUUAUUCGCAAGCAGGAGUUGAAGCCGGUGAUUCUUCAGAAUAUCUAUGAGCAAAUCGAAGUGCCUAAAGUUCGUGAGGAGGCUGUCUUAACCUUGAUGAUGAGAGAUCUGCACAAGAUUUUGUCUUUGCCGAAAGCAAUCGCUGUGUCGAACCAUGUGACUGAUUUCCCUGAUAUCAAUCAGACAGAGUUGGCGUCGUACCUGAGAAUUUUCAAAGGUGAUUUUAAUUACAUGACAUCGUUGUACGAGAUAGAAAAGGCUCAAAUUGUGGCCAACUACGAAGAAGAGAAAGAAUUGUAUGGUGAUGAUCUGGCUUUAGUUCAGCAAGCUUUGUCUCACAUAGACCAAGAAGUGGCUGAUUGGACGUCUAAGUUGGCUGCCACUUUAGACAAGGAGCAUAAGCAUAGUCAUCAACAUGAUAAUGCGUCAUCUUCACCUCCAUCACAUCAAACGUUCUAUUACUAUGAAACCGGAUUCAAUGCCGGAUGUACAUAUGUACUUUCGCCAUUAGAUAUGAAGAUUUUGAAAUCGACCUAUUCCAACUAUGAGAGCUUGCCUACUAGUAUCGUUGCCAAAAUUGAAAACAUUCGUUAUGAAGAGUUGACUCAGGAGACAUCAAUGACUAAAUACAAGUACCUCAGUCAUUUGCCCAUCGGCUCACAGAUUGGAUUCCUUGAAUGUGAUUGGAAUCAUAAUGAGUAUGUUUCACAACCAAUCUGGGAGGCGUACAAAAAUGAUUUACUCAAACGAUCAAAGAAUUCAAACAAGAGGUUCCUUAGAGAGGAGAGAAAUCGAAGACGUGCUGAGUCGGAAGAGGAAUUCAGAUUGAGACAGUUUUAUAUGGAAGAGAACGGAUUAACAAGUGAGGAUCUAGCAAAUGGUGGAGGGUCAUUUUCAAGUUUUGAUCUUGGUAAUCGACUUGCAGGUUUAUCUGUUAAUGGAGGUGUUAUGCCACCUUUGUCGGAUAACCCACUAUCAACUGAAAGUGAAAAUGAUGCCAACAAUGACGGUGAAAACGAGGAUGCUGUAGUCAAUGAGGAAGAUGGUACAUAUACUACCACUGUUUGGGGCACAAAAAUCAAAAAGUCACAAAACGUUAUUAACAAUUUCCCUGAAGUUGCUAUUGAAGAUGAGUGGGAUGAUUGGGAUGCCGACGAAUUGAUUCGAAAAGCUCGCGAAGAGAAUAACGAGAAUAAUGGCAGAAGCGAAGCAACAAGUAGUAGUGGUAUUGGCAAAGGCAAGCAGAAGAAGAAGAAGAAAAAGUUGAUCUUGAUGUCAUCGUGA